AUGGCUGCCCGUACAUUUUCCAGAGUCGCUAGACCAGUUGCACGUCAAUUGACUGCACCAGCACGCAGAACUUUUGUCUCUGCUAUCAAUGCCUCAGCCAGACCUUCUGCUGCCCGUGCUGUUGUUGGAGCUUCCCAACAAGUCAGAGGUGUAAAGACCAUCGACUUUGCUGGCACAAAGGAGAAGGUUUACGAGAGAGCCGACUGGCCAGUUGAGAGACUCCAGGAAUACUUCAAGAAUGACACAAUGGCCAUUAUUGGUUACGGUUCCCAAGGACAUGCUCAAUCUUUGAACAUGCGUGAUAACGGUCUUAACGUCGUAGUCGGUGUACGAAAGAACGGUCAAUCAUGGAAGGAUGCUCAACAAGAUGGUUGGGUUCCAGGAAAGAACCUCUUCGAGGUUGAUGAGGCUAUCUCCAAGGGUACCAUCAUUAUGAACUUGCUUUCCGAUGCUGCUCAAAGUGAAACUUGGCCAGCACUUAAGCCCCAGAUUACCAAGGGAAAGACUCUCUACUUCUCCCACGGUUUCUCCCCAGUCUUCAAGGACCAAACCAAGGUCGAUGUCCCAACUGACGUUGACGUCAUCCUCGUUGCACCAAAGGGAUCUGGACGUACCGUCCGAACUCUCUUCCGUGAGGGUCGUGGUAUCAACUCUUCCAUCGCCGUUUUCCAAGAUGUUACCGGAAAGGCACAAGAGAAGGCUAUCGCUCUCGGUGUCGGUGUUGGAUCUGGAUACCUUUACGAGACCACCUUCGAGAAGGAGGUUUACUCCGACUUGUACGGUGAGCGUGGUUGCUUGAUGGGUGGUAUCCACGGUAUGUUCCUCGCACAAUACGAGGUUCUCCGUGAGCAAGGCCACAGCCCAAGUGAAGCUUUCAACGAGACUGUUGAGGAGGCUACUCAAUCUUUGUACCCAUUGAUUGGUGCCAACGGUAUGGACUGGAUGUACGAGGCUUGCUCUACCACCGCUCGUCGUGGUGCUAUCGAUUGGUCCGGAAAGUUCAAGGAUGCUUUGAAGCCAGUCUUCAACGACUUGUAUGACUCCGUCAAGACCGGAAAGGAGACUCAAAGAUCCCUCGAGUUCAACUCCCAAAAGGAUUACCGUGAGAAGUAUGAGGCUGAGAUGAAGGAGAUCCGUGAUUUGGAGAUCUGGAGAGCAGGAAAGGCUGUUCGUUCCCUCCGUCCUGAAAACAACUAA